AUGAUCCGCCCAGCAUGCCGUACCGCCAAAGCUUGGCGCUAUGAGGUAGCCUUACGGCCAAAUACCGUAGUGCUCUGCUCAAGGAUAUGGUCUCGAUCAACGAGUGCCCAGGCCGUUACGCACGCGCGCGCAGCUUCGACCCAGCUUCAACAGCGCUGCCUUGGUCCCUUUUCGUCGACUCGAUUCUACACAAGCUCGACAUCAUCUCAACAAGCUGUGUCUGCAUCGUCGAGCUCGCCCAAAACGGCGACUCGUGACGUGUCGGACUUGGAUCGGCUCGAGACACGAACGUUCUCCAUUAUAAGCCAUGUAGAUCACGGCAAGUCGACAUUGGCAGAUCGGCUACUCGAGCUCACUGGGACGAUCCCGUCGGACGGCUCGAAUCAGCAGGUGUUGGACAAACUCAAGGUGGAAAGGGAGAGAGGUAUCACUGUCAAAUCACAAGCGGUGACCAUGGUGUACGACUACGAUGGUCCAAGAGAGGGCUUUAUCUCGGCAUUCCAAGACGGAUUCGUACCCAGACCAGGUCGAUAUCUACUCAACCUCAUCGACUGUCCCGGCCACGUCGAUUUCUCGUACGAGGUCAGCCGAUCUUUGUCGGCAUGUCAGAGCGCACUCCUUGUGGUCGACGCCACUCAGGGCGUACAGGCACAGUCCAUCACUGUGUUUGAGCUUGCCAAGCAGAAGAACCUGACAAUUGUGCCGGUGCUCAACAAGAGUGAUCUACCUGCUUCCGACCCGGAUCGUUGUUCUCUGCAGAUGGAGGAAAUUCUGGGCAUUGACACAACCCUGCCUGGUCAGGAGCCGCUUUUGAUAUCAGCCAAGACGGGGAGAGGCGUCGACAGCGUCUUGCGCGCGUUAGUAGAGAGGACAAAACCUCCGACGGGUGUGGAGGAUGGAAAGCUGGAAGGAAGAGAGGGACCGGGCUUCCGAGCUCUGGUGUUUGACAGUUGGUACGAUCAGUACAAGGGAGUGGUGUCGUUGGUGUCGAUUGCAGACGGUGCCGUAAAGAAGGGCGAUCGCAUCACGUCCUGCCACACGGGCAAAAGGUACGAGGUGCUGAGUUUGGGUGUCAAUUCUCCCGAAAUGAUGGCCACACACGUGUUGCGCAAGGGCCAAGUCGGCUGGAUCAUCGCCAACAUGAAGGAUAUGAGUGAAGCACAGAUUGGCGACACAUUCCACUUGGCGUCUGAAAAGGUGGAGCCGCUGGAAGGCUUUGCACCGACCGUGCCGAUGGUCUACGCCGGCAUUUUCCCGAUCGAGACAACUGACUUUACCAAGUUGGAAGAGGCGAUUCAACGACUCGCACUCAACGAUCGCUCGGUGACAGUGCAACGAGAGUCGUCGAUGGCGCUCGGCCAGGGGUGUCGUUUGGGCUUCCUGGGGCUGUUACACCUCGACGUGUUCCGUCAACGACUGGAAGACGAAUACGGCCAUGCGAUCUUGGUCACGGCGCCCUCGGUGCCAUACAAAGUGACUUGGCGAGACGGACGAGAAGAGAUUGUUUCGAAUCCGAUUCACUUUCCGGAUGACUCGGAACGCAAAUCUAAGGUGACGUUACUGGAGGAGCCCAUGGUGAAAGGGGUGGUGCGGUGUCCGGAAGAGUACACGGGCGAGAUCAUGCAACUGUGCGCCGAGCAUCGUGGCAAACAGCUCGAGGUUUCGUUCCCUGCGACAGCUUCAGCGAUUCGAUCAGUUCAGAUGACGUAUCGGCUUCCGCUGUCCGAGAUUGUGACCGACUUUUUCGACAAGCUGAAAUCAUGUUCGUCGGGCUUCGCCUCGUUCGAAUACUCGGAGGACGGAUAUGGGGUAUCGGACCUAGUCAAGCUCAACUUUGUCAUCUCGAACACGAUACUUGAUUCGCUGUCGAUCAUCAUGCACCGUUCCAAGGUCAUGUACAACGCACGCCAGUGGACCAAGAAGCUCAAGGAGAUUAUUCCGCGACAACAGUUCGAGGUGUCGAUCCAAGCCACGACAGGCAGCAAGGUGAUUGCGCGAGAGACGCUGUCGGCGUACCGCAAGGAUGUAACAGCAGGACUGUACGGUGGACACUACGAGCGCAAACUCAAGCAUCUCAACAAGCAAAAAGAGGGGAAAAAGAGGCUCAAAGCUCUCGGGGUCGGCAGAGUGCAGAUUCCUACGGAGAAAUUCCUCGAAGUGUUGGAUACCCGGACCAAAGCAAAGUAA